AUGGCAUCGCCAUCAGAUACUUUGAAAUGGUCGGCCCAGCUUCAAGUUGCGCCCUCAAAUCGCAGACUGGUCGGAGACAAGAUUACCUUGCCACAAUCUGCGCUCGAAGCCCUCCUCGCCGCGGCUCCGGUUGUUUCUGUUCAGAACAACUCGGUUCGAAACCUCACGUCUGACUUCGAUCCCUUUAAUCCCUACUCCUUUGUCGCUGAGCGCCGUGCGCGAGCGGCGUUCGAAGAUCGCCAACAGCAACUCCCUCACCCUCUCACCUUUCGCAUCGAGAACCCUCGGAAUGGAAGAGCCGUAUAUGCAGGAAUCCAGGAGUUUUCCGCCACCGAGGGCUACGUUGGCUUAAGUGCAGGUCUCCUAGAAGCCUUGGGGUUUCAAGAUGGAGCAUCGUCGCAGCACACCACAAGGGAGAGCACGCCCAGUGGCGAUGUGAUGAUGGCAAAUGGAAUGGGCAGCCCGAAGCCAGAAAUCAUCACAAUCCACGCAAAGCAACUACCCAAGGGAACAUACGUCAAGUUAAGGCCUCUGGAAGCUGGCUAUGACCCUGAGGAUUGGAAGUCGCUUCUCGAACGGCAUCUGCGAGACAGCUACACUACACUCACCCGAGGAGAGUUACUGGUGGUUCCUGGUGCACGCCAUGAACGCUUUCGUUUCUUAGUCGACAAGUUUGAGCCGGAAGGAGACGGAAUAUGCAUCGUUGAUACCGACUUGGAGGUGGAUAUCGAGCCUUUGAGCGAAGACCAGGCUCGAGAGACGUUGAACAAGCGGUUGGAAAAGAAGAAACGACAGCAGGAGUCAGGAGAAGGUAGUUCCCUCGGAGGUCCUCUCGACCUAGAGCAGGAGGUUCAGGGAAAGGUGCUACCAGGUGACUAUGUGGACUACGAGUUGCGGCAGUGGAACCACGGUCAAGAUCUUCAAGUCGUCCUUCAAGUGCCCGACGACAAUGGCAGCCUCGAUCUGUUGGUCAGUCCGAUCUCAUCGCGGCAGCGGUCCAAGCCUCGAGAGGACGAGUAUGUCUUUGGAGAUCUGGGUGGGCGGCCGACGAAGAGGUUGAAGCUCUCACACUCGAAUGUCGAUCUUGAAGAAGCCGAAUCACUCAAUUUGGCAAUUCAUGCCUGGCGCGACGCCGCCAUUGAAUCUACAGAGGCAGCCCGACCCGUCACAUACACUCUCAAAAUCACGGCUGCCAUUUCCGAACCUGAUACACAGCCUGACGCUGCCGACAGUGUCCCCUCCGACCUAUCGCCAGAAGAUGUGAUGUGUAAAAAUUGCCGCCAGGUCGUACCCAAACGAACUCUCCCUUUACACGAGGCAUUCUGCUACCGGAACAACAUCCUCUGUCCAAAAUGCUCGGGCGUAUUCUUGAAAAACUCGGACGCGUGGAAGAAUCAUUGGCAUUGUCCUCACGAUGACGAGCAUGGUGAUGACCCUGCGUCUCGUCACAAGCAUGAUGUUUUGUUUCAUCCACCUAGGCCAAUCCCGUGUCCGAGCUGUGACUUUAAGGCCUUCAAUGUGCCUAUUCUGGCCCAUCAUCGGACAACAACCUGUCCCGGGAAGGAGAUUCUAUGUCAAUUCUGCCACCUGGUGGUUCCUCAACAGGGUUCGGACGAUCCCGAGUUUACGGAUGCAGAAGUUUUGAUGUCGGGACUCACACCCCACGAGCUUGCUGACGGGGCGAGGACGACCGAUUGCCAUCUAUGUGGUAAGAUAGUCAGGUUACGAGACAUGAAAACUCAUCUUCGACUUCACGAUCGUGAGCGGUUCUCCCGACCGAAGCCAAGGAUCUGCUCCAAUGGCGUAUGUGGCCGGACCAUCCGAGCUGACGACGAGCUGAGGGUUCAGAAGGAACAGCUGGGGCUGUGCAAUGAAUGUUUCGGCCCGCUGUACGUUUCCACAUACGACCCUGAGGGCAAGAUGUUACGGCGGAGACUCGAAAGACGGCUCCUACAGCAAGUAAUGGGUGGUUGCGGCAAACCUUGGUGUCACAACGACGAUUUGUGUAAGACCGGACACAAGAAUGUCACGGGCGAAGACAGAGUGGUAUCUGCCAAGGAUGGAUUGCCCAUGAUCAAGCCCAUCAUGGACCAGCUGUCGCAGGGAGUGACAUCUGGGUUGAGGUUCUGUGUGGAUGAAUCCAGUCAGACUCGACGCAAUCUAGCCGCGAUGAUGAGCAGCGGGGGGGAGUAUGAGUUGGAAUGGUGUGUCAAGGCAUUGGAGGAGGAGAAGGGGAACGCUAGUAAUGCUAUGGAGUGGUUGAAACAUCGAGCUCCGAAGAUUGGGGAGACAGUGUCAUGA